AUGCCUUCCAUCUUGCUGUUUCUCUACCUUUCUCUUCCUGGCUUCUGGGCCUUGGAAUCUCUUCAGUGUCCCCCAAGAGGUCACUCCUGCCUGGCCUUCAUCACUCCCAACCCAAUCACGCUGUCCUGCCCUGCCAAAGACUCCACCUGGCUCUUCCAGCCCCUAUCUCACUCCUUCCCCAGGAAGAAACUGGUGCUCCCAGGGGUCAGUGGGGACCUACACCUACGGCACACCUCCACAGACCAGUCAGGCACCUACAUCUGCCAAGAUGAGGCAGGGAACACACGGGCAGUGUACAACGUGGACUUUCAGGAUGGGACCAAGCUCUAUCUCAGCCACAGUGAGCUGGGACAGCCGCCCCUGAGGAAGCAGACUGUGGGAAACGGCAGUCAGUGGGCACUCUUUACCCAGUGGGGUCCCUGGCAGACUUGCAACCGCUGCGGCAUUCAGGGGGAGCGGAAGCGUGUGGGCUUGUGCUAUGCAAUGAGACCAGACCAGCAGGAGCUGCCCUGUGGGCUGGCCGACCUUAGGCCCCAAGAGCUCCACCGGGGACCCGAGCUGCAGAUAGAAGGCUGCUUUGUGCCCUGUGUGCCCAACCCCCCGGAGUCCACAGUGGUGCUAUAUGGGACCUACAAGCUGGAAGAUAAUAGCGCCGUGUGGCUCAGUUGUCCCUUUGCCACCAUCUACAGGCCAGUGAGCUGGGAGUCCGACCACAUCUCCCCAAACUGGCUCCAACAGCUGUCUCCCAACUACUCGGGCCCAAUCCUGGAUCUGCCCUCCGGAGGCAGUCGCCUGCAGGUAUCCACUUCUGGCACCUACCGGUGCUCUGUGGGCCACAAGCUGGUGGGGCGCUUUGAUCCCGCCUGGACCCACAAGACACCAGUGACCCAUGGCCGGUCCGAACUGGUCCGCAUCUACACUGUGAUUGAGGCCGUCAUGGUUAUGUGUGUGCUACUGCUUAUUCUGCUCAGUUUCAUCCAAAUGUGCCGGACCAAACUGAGUACCAUCGUCUAG